AUGGCGAGCGCGAUGGCGGUGGAUUUCUCCGCCGCCGCCGACGAGGAGGAUGCGAUCAACGAGCCUAUCCUGGUGGGAUCACUCAUGGCCGAGGUGAGAGGUUUAGCACAUCAUCGCGGGAAGCUGUCCGGCGACGGGCUCGCGCAGCUCGUCCGCGAUCCGACGAAUCGUUUCGAUACGAAUGCGUUCCGGGUGAUCAACGAGCGCGGCGAGCAAGUCGGGUACAUCCAGAAGGAAAAGGCCAAGAGUCUAGCGCCGCUGGUGGACAAGGGGCUGGCGCAGCUCCAGUGUAUCGGUGCUGGGAGUGGGAGCUCUAACAGGGUCUCGUGUGAGGUCUUCGUGUUUAGCUUGCCGGCGAUGGUCGACGCUGUCCGGGAUCAUCUCGAGUACUAUGGCGAGCAGCUGAGAAGUCCUUACGAUCCUCCAGUUGAUAAUGUAGAUGAUGGUCGUGGUGGUGGUGGUAGCGAUCAACGAGUAGCAAAUGGUAGUUCUUCAAGAGGUGGUGGUGGUAGCGACCAACGAGUAGCAAACGGUGCUAGUUCUUCAAGAGCUUCGACUAGUUCUUCCAGCAGAGCUUCGACGAGGCGUGAUUAUCGUGAUCACCACCAGCAGCACCAAAGGCCUCCUCGUGAUCAGCAUCACCGAGUCGAUCGGUCGUUAAGUGUAGCGGCGCCACCACCGGCCAGGAGAAAGUUGAUGAUGACUCCUCCGCCUCCUCCGCCUCCUCCUCCUCAAGCUCCAAAGGCUCCAAGCAUCGAUGAUAUCUUCGAGAGCAUGACGGCUGGAGCAAAGAUCCGGCAGCGCAUGGAAGCUGACAACAGUGUCAUCAAGUCCUCGUUGAUGCAACACCAGAAGGAGGCUCUGGCUUGGAUGGUCCAGCGAGAAAACUCGUCAGCUCUUCCUCCAUUCUGGGAGAAGAAAGGCACGACAAUGUAUACCAACACUCUGACCAACGUUACGUCCGCCAAGCGCCCCGAGUCUCUCCGGGGUGGGAUCUUAGCUGACGAUAUGGGACUCGGGAAGACACUCACGGUUCUAGCGCUCAUUGCCACCAACAAGCCCGGUGCUGUUCUUCCACCGAUCGAAGACAUCAAGGAGCCAGAGCAAAGUCAGGGUGGCGAGCCAGCCUCGAAGAAGCUCAAAACUUCCGAUGACAAAGGAAAGGCAAAGACAGCAGCUCCGGUGCCCGUUUCCAACGACGGACCUCCCUGUGUUCCAGCAGCCGAUGGUCCUCGAGGAACUCUGGUGAUUUGCCCGCUCUCGGUGCUCAGCAACUGGGAGUCGCAGCUAAAGGAUCACACGUACCCCGCGGGGCUCAAAGUCCACAAGUAUCACGGACCGAAUCGCACCGCCAACGCCAGGAUUCUUGCAGACUAUGACAUCGUUUUCACGACUUACAACAUGCUUACCGAGAGAAAUUCUCCUCUCAAGAAGGUCCACUGGCUGAGGCUGGUGCUGGACGAGGCUCACAUUAUCAAGAACCCGAGAGCGCAGCAAACCAAGAGUGCGGUGGCCUUGAAUGCCGACCGGAGAUGGGCCGUGACGGGCACUCCAAUCCAGAACAGUGCCAAGGAUCUCCUCAGUCUCAUGCAGUUUUUGCAUUUCGAGCCUCUCAACGAGCAGAGUUUCUGGACGAAGACUAUACAGAAGCCACUGACGAGCGGCGAGCCUGUUGGAUUCGCUCGGCUCCAGGGACUUAUGUCUUCCAUCUCGCUGAGGAGAACGAAAGAGACGAAGGUGAACGGCAAGAAGCUCGUUGACUUGCCUCCCAAGAUCAUCACAGUCUUCCCGGUGGAUCUCAGCCCUGAAGAUCGCAGUCUGUACGACAAGAUGGAAAAAGAUGGCAGGAAUAUGAUCCGGCGCUUCCUGGACAACGGCACGGUGACGAAGAACUACGCCGUGGUGCUACAGAUGAUUCUCCGGUUGCGUCAGAUAUGCGAUCACACGAGUAUGUGCCCGGCGGAAAUCGUUAAUAUGAGCACUUCAUCAGACACCGACACUCAAGGACCGAAAGCGGCCAGUCCAGAGCUGCUGAAAAAAAUGCUGGCCACGUUGGGCGAUGAUUUCGACUGUCCGAUCUGCCUCGCUCCUCCUUCGGGAGCCGUGAUCACAUCCUGCGCUCACGUUUUCUGCCGCCGGUGCCUCGAGAAAGCACUGGAAGACGAGGACAAGCAGUGUCCAAUGUGCCACGAGGAGUUGAGCGAGGACGAUAUCUUCUCUUCCGGGAAACCAGACGAGGAGGAAGAUGAAGAGCUGUCCAACAAAAACGAUGUCGAGGACGACGAUGACAAAAUCGACGUGAAAGGAGUGAAGCCGAGCGCCAAGAUCAACGCGCUGGUAUCUAUGCUGGAGAAGACGAGAGCCAAGGAUCCAAAUAUCAAGUCGGUGGUGUUCUCCCAGUUCUCCACGAUGCUCAAGCUCAUCGAGGGGCCACUCCAAAAGGCCGGCUUCAAGUUCGUCAAGCUCGAGGGCGGCAUGAGCGCCAGCAAGAGGGAAGAAAACAUGGAAGCGUUCAAGUCGACACGCAGUGGCUCGCCGACGGUGUUCCUUCUCAGCCUCAAGGCCGCUGGAGUGGGAUUGAAUCUGGUGACGGCGUCCAACGUGUUCAUGAUGGACCCGUGGUGGAAUCCGGCGGUGGAGGAACAGGCCAUGGAUCGAGUUCACAGGCUGGGACAGACGAGAGACGUUCAUGUGUUUCGGCUCAUUGCCACGGACAGCAUCGAGGAGAGGCUGCUCCAAGUCCAGGAGAAGAAGAGGGCGUACGCCCAGAUCGCGCUGGGAAAGGAGGCGUCCGAGCAGCGGAAGAAGAAGUGCGUGGAAGAAGUGAAGCUGCUCAUGAAGUGCUAGAUCGCUGGCGAAAGAAUUAAAAUUGUUUGAUUAUUUUGUAGGUAAGAUUUAAACA